UCAACCUAAAGAAAUCUGCUACUCAAAGGAGAUGGUCAUUAACUCAGGUUUUUUAUGCCUCCUAUCUGGAACGAACCAUUACAAAUCUUUCGGGGGAACAUGGCGCCGACUCGUAACAUAACGUGACGAAACUAUAUGAGACAAUAACUUGAGUAACUGUUUAACUAUAGUUGUUUUAUCAAGUAGUUACACAAUUAAACGUAAUUAUCGGGGUAUUUAUUUGUUCUGUUCCUCUUUAGCCAAUUGUAUGUACGGUUACCCUUACAAAGGAAAUGAUCUCUCCCACACCAGACCACCACGGAAAAUGGCGACUGUGAAAUAGAUGGAAGACGAAAGUAAGAAAUAAUUCAAUGCAGCUUAUAAAUUGUGCCCUCUCUCCAUCCGCACCGCUCGGAGGUCAUGGCAGCUGAAAUGUCAUGUCUGACAGGUGUUGAUGAAGAUGACAAAGAUGCAGAUCCCGAAAUCAAUGCCCUCACACUCCUGCAAGAGCCAGUGAGAAUGGCGCAAGAAUCAGCCUCUUGCACCGAUUCUUUCGGCAAGCCUUCUCUGAAACAAAACAAUGUCCUAGAUGUUCUGUCAAACACAGACAUGUUGUCUCCGGUUGGCCUGGGAAAUGGACCUUCUUCGCAUCAGGCUACACAAGCCCAUGAACUCAACAGCAUCUCCACAGAGAAAGAGGAGGCAAAGAGCAUCACCCCACUAAAAACGGUGCAGGAACUUGACACUGCAGGAAUUUGGGGUUUUGAUGUAGACUCACCUGAGAACUCAUUGGAUAAUUUUAGUAGUGCUAGUGAUCUUCAUUGGGACCCUCACAAAGAGUUUAUGCAGUUUCUGUGGGAGAACCAUGGUGAUUCCCCAGGUGAGGAGCCUAAAGACGAAGUCCCUCCUACCAACAGCCAAAGGAGAAGGAAACGGAAAAUGGACAUGGUUGUCAUGGUGGAUCCCUCAGAAGACCUUUACCCUGAUCUGAGCCACAAGUCAUCUGAGGAAUUGUCUGAUGCCGAAGGCCAAGACUCCAUUCCUGUCAGAAAAGUCCGAAAGUCAAGGAAGUUCUCAAAGUCACAGUCGUCACCAACAGGGAAGGUUUCCAAGUAUCCGAAUGGAACUGUAAAGGCCAUCAAGGAAAUCCUUUACAAUGCACCUGCAAGAAAUUCACACGAGAACAGUAUAAGUCAUGGGCUUUCACCAUUGAAGGGGAGGCUCACAAUAAAUUCUCAUUCAGAGGAGAAGCCACCAUGUUAUCCUUGCUCAAAAUGUAAGCUCAUUUUCAAGAAAGAGCAUCAUUUGCAUCGUCAUAUGAAGUCUCAUGUUGACCCUCCAAAUAUUUCGCCAAAGCCUUUUAUAUGCCGAGAAUGUGGACUGUCUUUCAGACAAAGCAGUUUGCUUAUUGAGCACAUGUCCAUCCACAAGGAAAAGAGAGGGAGACUCACUGAAGAGAUGAAGGGCAUGAAUGAUAAGAAGAAAGAGGAUAAAAACACGAAGCUUUUCUGCCCUCAGUGCCCAUUUGGAACAAACUGCCCAAACACGUUUGUUCAACAUGCAAAAACACAUGAGAAGGACAAGAGAAAGUUUAGAUGCGACAAAUGUAGCUUCAGGACUCUGAGUGAGAAUGAUCUUAGGAGACAUAACAUUAUGCAGCACACUGUAAUUACAGUUAGAAAGCAGAUCCAGAAUGAUGACUCUGAAAUCUACUCCUGUAACAUUUGUUCUUAUAGAGCUUUUAGCAAAAGUGUUUUUAAGAAUCACCUUCUGCGGCGCCAUCAACAAACGUUUGAGGAAUACGAAGCUGCACAGUGUAGUGAGAAAAAUGCACAACCAUCUAAGGAGCCGCAUGUGCGUACUUGUAAAACUCCUGUAGAAGAUGCAGAGUUUACAUCUAAAAUCUUGAUAAAAAAUCAGAUCUCUUCUAAAAGAGCUUGUUCACCUAGUGAGUCCAAUGACAUUUCAGACUUGUUCAAAAAUAGCAAGAUUAAAAGAGGCCUCAAGUCCCAACUAGCAGAAUCAAAGCUCGACAAAUCCAUUAAUGUUCUCCUGUCCCGACAAAGACAUGGAAAGAAAACUGCAGAACAGAAGAAGGAAAGCAAUAAUUGCAGCACAUCUGUUCCGGAUUCCAAAAGUGACAAAGAUGGCUCUGAUCAGUUGCCAGAAACAUUGACUGUCAAGGUUGAAGAUUCAGCUUUAUCCCCAAAUGGCCAUAGGGUGGUAUCCAGUGCAGCCGAAAAAGAUCUUAACAGCAACAGGGUACCCAAGUUAAAUGAGGAUCAGUCAACAGUCAAAAAGUCACCGUCUAAAAGGAAGAUGUCCACCCCAUAUCGCAACACCUCUGACCAAGACUCAUGCUUCAUCUUACCAAAACCUUUGCCAAGUCCCAAAAAAAUUAACCAAGAGGAAGAAGUGUCAGACUAUGACGAAAAAGACAUUUUCCAGUUUAAGGAUACAGAUGCCAACACUAACUUCUUUGAUAAUGGUAUCAAGCAAGAAAAACAAAACAUCAUUUAUACCUAUAGCAGAAGAAUGUCCAUGAGGGGUGCUCUGCAGGCAUCUAAAAGGUUGUUUGAGAAAAUAAAGACUGAAGAGCAAGAACAGAAUGACCCUGAAAUCAAAGAAGAAUGCAUAGAAACAGAAGUAUUUCAGGAAACCUUUGACUCCCACCAAAUACCAUUGAGUGAAUCCUUCACAGAGGAUGUGUCAGAGUUGGAAUCAGAUCGCAAGAACUGUCCAUACUGUCCCGCUGUCUUUGAGUCAGGUGUUGGAUUGUCAAAUCAUGUCAGAGGGCAUCUUCAUAGGGUUGGACUGAGCUACAAUGCACGCCAUGUAGUGCCUCCUGAGCAGGUGGCUUCUCAAGACAGGAGGCCACGAAUUCGACGGAAAAUUUCAGCAUUCCGGAGAUUGAAAAAAGUGUUACAGCUGGAGUCAGACUCUGAGACUGUGAAGAGCAUUCACUCCUGUCCAUUAUGUGGAGACUCAUUUGAUAAUAGAACUGGGCAGUCCAACCACAUACGAGGCCACCUUAAAAAGCUUGGUAAAAGCUUUGCAACAAAGAACAAAUCCCCAUUAUUUUUACUCCGGGAGCUGAUGCGCGACAAGAAGGAGUUCCAGCGGGCACUUCAAAUUCUGGGAAAGAGACGGAACCAUUUCCAAUACGGUGCUUCACCGAAGCUGUCCAGUGUUGAUUGUUUCACACCGCCGCCUAUUGGAAUCCCAAAAAAUAAUUCUAUUCCAAGCGUUUGCACUGAUGCCAAACCACUGAUCCCCACGUAUUCUUUAGCGGAAAUGGAAUCUGAAAAAGGGCAACUAGAGACUAAGUUGGAUGUUAAAAAUUCACUCACGGGCACAAAUGCCUUGAUAGGAAUUCUAAAGAAGAGGAAGUGUCAGGAAGACGCUAGACUAAAGGGGUCUUCUCAGAUGUCAAGAAACAUGUUAGCAGUUUCUUCAAACAGUGAGCACAGUUCAGGAUCAAGAGUUGCAUCUUCACUGCCAAUGUCAAUAUCCGAGAAAGGUGAAUUCAACAGGAAGGUUUGCAUCCAUUGCAAUGCAACUUUCCACAGUGGAGUUAGCUUGUCUAAUCACCUCCGGGCAUAUGCAAAAAGAAAACGGACUGCCAUACUUGAGGGAACCACAUUUGACUGUAAAGCAAGGAGGCAACGCUCAAGGCCUGGCUCAAAGAAGAAGACACUGCCCUUACCACAGACUCCAGAGGAAAUGUACAGACUCACCUGCAGGUUCUGUGACCUUGUCUUCCAAGGUCCCUUGUCGGUCCAGGAGGACUGGAUUAAACAUUUACAGAGACACAUUAUGAACACUAGUGUCCCUCACACUGGGCUAGGCAUGGUAGAGGUCACUGCGUUGCCCGCGACCCUCGAGACUGACCAAGACAGCUCUCUGACAGCCACACAUGCUGCCUCAUGAAGCCAAUGGGGACCUUUUUAGAUUUCACUAGACUGUAUGUGUAUGUACAUUGGAUGUUGUUUCACUUUUCUUUUUUUUUAAGUCAAUGAAAUACUGGCCAAAAGUACAAUAUUGCUUAAUGAUGGAGAUGUUGUACAUGUUUGGAUAUUUGGAUAGAUGAAAAAGUUAAUUAUUUUGGAUAUUGUUACCUUUUUCUGUUUUUACAUGGUCCAUUUUUUGGAAUACAAUUCCAAAUGGACAGACUGUUUUUCUUGUUUUAUGCAGUAAUGUAGUGUGGAAUCCAUUUCUAAUGAAGACAACUUUUACCUCAGAUUUCUCAUGGUUUGAGUCCGUUUUGUCAAAAUUUGGGAGCACCUCUCCUCUGUAUCAAUAUUCACAUUUCCAAGAUACAUAGAAUCAUGUUUCCUUUGUAUUGCAACAUGUCCAAAUUCAAGCCCACAGUCUCUGUUUUCAGGCCACAGUUAGUGAGAUGAAUAUUUCGACUGAAAGUGACAGCACCCGAAAGCUCGUGAUAAACAGUUCCAAGAAUCACAAAUGGAAAAGUGAGCUACCAUACAAGAACAAGAAGAAAAAUGUCUGCCAACCUGUUAUGCAUAGAAAGUGUUUUAUAGUUUUUCAGUAACUGCAUUGUUUCUAAUACAAAUACAAAAUUAAAACUGAAGGUGAUUAAGAAGAAGAAAAAAAAAAAGACCUAACAGGCACAUCCAGUGCUGACAAUGCCCUUCAUACAUGUCACCUAUAUUUAAUGUUUAAAUAUACUGUUUUGAAAUAAUUUAAUUUUAAAUGUACUAUAUCACACAGAUACAAUGCUUAAAACAUUUGUGUUGUUCUAAAUAAAAAAAACAAAGAAACAA